ACCGCGCCGCUCCGCGCCUGCGCAACAGGGGGCAGGGGAGGGCUGCGCGCUCUGCGCAGCUGCCGCUGCAGCGUGGAGCCGCCGAUGGAGCCUCCCCCCGGCGCCGCAGAAAAUUCUAAGCUGAGACAUGUAGAAAAAGAUAUUUUGAUUCCACAAAUAAUGAGGGAGCGAGCCAGGGAGCUGUGUUCAGAUAAAGUGCAAGCAUUCACUAAAUGCUGUCAAGAAGCUGGUUUACUUAUGGUGGUGAAGUGCCGGCAAGAGAACUCAGCACUGAAAGACUGUCUGGUCGGCUACUAUUCUGAUCCAUUAUUCUACGAAGAGUGCAAAGCAGAAUAUUUGAAGCAAAGAGAAGAAUACAGAGCAACUGGAAUUAAGAAAAAAAGACAGAAGCCUACUUCAAAUGUGUAGUUAAAACUUAAAAAGAACUUUUCAAAUUUUAUAUCCAACUUUGCUUUGACUUGAUUUAAACAGACUGAAAUCAUCUGUAUCCCUCUGUGGAAUUUAACCGAGAUGCACAAAAUGAAUCUAAAAUAAAAUAGUCUCUGCACUUGAAA